CAUAAAGUUAAGAUUAAUGAGAAAAAUCCUCGGCUAACGUGUUACGUGACCAGGCUCGCCUUCCUUGAAAUUUCGAGAACUUUGCUUGACAAUAUUAAUUCCCGUCGCGACCUCUGUUUUUCCUUCUCACUUAUUAGCCUUCAUUUCUGCGGCUCAGAAACUCAGAAAUCAAAUUUUAAAAAGAAAAAAGGAAAGAUUGAAGAGAAUGGGUGAUCAGAUUGCUAGGGCGGAGGAUUUCGAAAAGAAAGCAGAGAAGAAACUGAGUAGCUGGGGAUUUUUCGGUUCCAAACAUGAAGACGCCGCAGAACUCUUCGAUAAAUCUGCCAAUUCUUACAAGCUCGGCAAAUCCUGGGACAAAGCUGGAGCAACAUAUGUCAAGUUGGCAAACUGUCAUUUGAAGUCUGACAGCAAACAUGAAGCAGCCACAGCUUAUGUUGAUGCUGCACAUUGCUACAAGAAAUCAUCUGUAAAUGAGGCCAUUUCUUGCUUAGAGCAGGCUGUAAAUUUACUGUGUGAUAUUGGAAGGCUUAAUAUGGCUGCAAGAUAUUAUAAGGAAAUUGCCGAACUAUAUGAAUCUGAACAAAACAUUGAGAAGGCUAUUGAGUUCUUUGAAAGGGCAGCUGAUUUCUUCCAAAAUGAAGAAGUAACAACUUCGGCCAAUCAGUGCAAACAGAAAGUUGCUCAAUUUGCUGCACAGAUUGAACAGUAUCCCAAGUCUAUUGAAAUCUAUGAAGAAAUUGCUCGGCACUCACUCAACAAUAACCUGCUCAAGUAUGGAGUUAAAGGGCAUCUUCUUAAUGCUGGAAUAUGCCAACUUUGUAAAGGAGAUUCUGUUGCAAUCACCAAUGCAUUAGAGCGAUAUCAGGAAUUAGAUCCUACUUUUUCAGGAACAAGGGAGUACAGGUUCUUAGCGGAUAUUGCAGCAUCGGUUGAUGAGGAAGACGUUGCCAAGUUCACUGAUGUGGUUAAGGAAUUUGAUAGUAUGACCCCACUGGAUUCAUGGAAGACAACCCUACUGCUGAGAGUGAAGGAAAAGCUGAAAUCCAAGGAACUGGAGGAGGAUGAUCUUACCUAAGUUCGAAAGUUAUGAAAUGUUGUGUGGCUCUCCAUUUGUUCUUGAAGAUUGAAUUUUAUUAUCAUGGGUUUGUAAUUUCGUUACACUUGAUUGGCAAUGUACGGGUACUAAAUUGUAGUUGUUUUUGGAUUUUUUUUUAUUUUUAAUCAGAGUGUUUUCGACUUUUUAUGAGCUUCGAUGAGAUUUAUGUAUGAUGUAUAUUCGACAGCCAUGAUAUGAAUUGCCUUGGCUUCUAAAAUGUAUGGGAUUUAUGUUAACUUUUGACACUCGUGUCAAUUUGUCAAGUAAAUGAGCAUUGGUUGGUCUUGGUAA